CCUAGAGCACCGGACCGCAAGCCCGAGAGGUUUAUCCCAACUCUUCUCUGCCCAAUAGACGUUAGAGAGAGAAAUAUAAAAGAGAGAAACAGAGUGAAAGACAAUUGUGUUUGUUUCCUCUCCCAACUAUUUGAAUUUUCAUAUUAAACAACUUAAGGUUUUCAAUACCUUCACUCAGAUAGAUAACCAUUAAAUCGAGUCUUCACCAUCUUCAAUCUCUUAUAAUCAGCAUCGUUUCAUGCUAAUUCCGAAGCUGUACUCUUGGAUUUCCUCUUCGCUCUGUGGCGCUAAGACAACACACACCAAUUUAUUAUUUAUUUGAUAUAUAAUUUAAUUAAAGUGGUUGAAUUCGCGAGUUGCGUAAUUUUGUAAAGGAUAUAGGGUUUGGUAUUUGAUGGAUGAGAUUUGGGAGAAGGCUGUGGAGACGGCGCUUGACGGCGAGAAGGACGACGCUUCGGUUCGUACUCUAACCUUAGACGGAGCCGUUAAGUGCGUCCAGGGUCGGUUACCUCCACCGAACUUUCUAGAGAGGUUUCAGAACCUCGAGCACCUGUCGAUUGCAAACAUCGGCGUUUCAUCGCUUGAGCAAUUCCCUCGGCUUUGUAAACUUCAGAAGCUAAUCCUCUCCGACAAUAGGAUUGCCGGUGGCCUCGAGUUUCUCGUUCAAGCGGGACUCGAUUCGCUUCGGGACCUCGAUCUCUCCAAUAACCGGAUUCAAUAUAUUGAGGAUCUUGCUCCACUUGCACAGCUGAAGCUUGUUUCGCUGGAUCUGUACGAGUGUCCUGUUACGCGUGUUAAGGAUUAUCGAUCUAGGGUUUUUGGCUUGAUUAAAUCGCUAAAGUACUUGGAUAAGAUGGAUGCGGAGGAGAAUGAGAGGCCUGAGUCCGAUGAUGAGGAUGAGGAGGAUGAAGAGGAGGAAGAUGAUCCUGGGAGUGGGGAAGUUGAUGGGGAAGAUCGACCCUAUGUGAUGAGUAACGGGCAUGGCGAGGGUGUGGAUGGGGUUGUUGAUGUUGAUGAGGAAGAAGAGAGUGAAGCUGAUGAGGAGGAGAUGGAGACGUCGAGGAGGGCCAAUGGGUCCAACCCUCAGGCGAAUGGGUUUCGGGUUCAGCCUGUGGUAGGGGGUGAUGUGGAGGAGGACGAGGAAGAGGAGAAUGAUUCUGGAGAGGAAAUUGAUGAGGAGGAGGAGGGGGAUGAUGACGAUGAUGAUGUUGUUGAGGUUCAUGAGAUUGUUGACACCGAUGAUGAAGAGGAUGGGGUUGAAUAUGAUGAGGAUGACGAUGAGGAGGAGGAUGAUGAUGAAGAAGAGGAAGUGAACAAUGAUGAUGGGGAGUUUGCUGAACCUGAGAGUAAUGGACGAUUGACAAGCACCGAAGGGGAGAUUGAUGGCCAUGAGCAGGGGGAGGAAGAUGGUGAUGAAGAUGACAAUGGAGAGACUGGCGAAGAUGAGAUGGGGGUGGAAUAUGAUGGAGAGUUUGAAGACGAUGAUGAAAUUGCUGAAGAGAAGGAAGAAGACUAUGGUGCUGGAUAUCUUGUCCAGCCUGUUGGACAGUCUGAAGCACCAAAUGCUGGGGUUGGAUCCAUGAAUGGAGGAAAUGAUGAUGGUGAGGAGGAAGAAGUUGAUGACGACGGUGGUGAUGAUGAUGACGACGACGGUGAUGAUGAUGAUGAUGAUGCACAGGUGUUGCCUCCCAGUUCUUCACACCUCAAGAGAAAGAGGGACGAUGAUAGCGAUGAACAAUGAUGUGGUAACAUGCACUAAAGCCAUCUAAAGAAGCAUGAUUGAGGCCUCUUAAUGAUGCAUCUCCUGUUCAUCCGUUUGUUUUUUUUGUGAUGUUUUCCCAGGAUUGGCAGCACGGAACCUCACUAUAUAUAAAAUUAUGGUUAGUCUUUUAGGAUUUGAGCUCUCUGAACAGGACAUAUUAGGAAAAAGUAUUGUAUGUUGAGUGGCAAUGCGUUCAGUUCAAAAAGUCGUUGGUGUAUUUUUCCCUCUAUCCUUACAUAUAUAGCCGUUACUUACAUAUUCGAAUGGCAGUUAUCAGAAGAGGUUUACCGCCCAUGUUCUCGAUGCAGGGGUUGGCUUGUGAAGGUUUACUGUUUUGGAGCCUGGAGUGAAGAAAAGAGAGCGGGAAAACCCUCCCUUUUUUUCCUUUCUUUAAACCUGUUUAUCGGUGCACUUUUUAGUGGGAUAACGGGAAAGCUAGUAAAACAUCUGUAGAUGGCUUUUUAUUAAAAAACCAAAGACUCGAAAUUAUCCAAUCAAUCAAAGUUUGGUACCUGCUGUAAUGACGUGGCUAGGUCAUAUAUUAUUGACCAUGUUACGUGGAGUUAUUUCAGCUUUAUCUUAUAAGCUUUGAUGACAACAAUGAGUGAAUGAUGCUUGGUCCUUUGGGUUGUAGUCAUCUGCAAAGCAUGUGACAAUGGGGCCCUCUAUGUAGGUGAAUUUGCAUAUUGCCACGUGGUCAUGAAUUGAGUUUUUGAUCUUCAAUUGGACAGCGAGAUCCGCAUUUGACGUCCAUGCAAUAGGAUUGGGUUAUUAAAUUAUUUCUUCUUUGGAACCUAACCAAUUAAAAUUGGAAUUAGCAUGGCGUCGUUAAUCUUGGAAACGAGCCUAAGAAGUCGCGUAAUGCACACGCAACUGCUCCAUGAGCGCGUCCUUUUCCCUGGCUGAGGAUCUUCAUUUGAAUAAUCAAGCCCGCUGUUGCUUCUUGAAUUGAGAGUCUAUGUUAGAGAGCCAGCAUGUCAGAAUACAAGCAGCUCCUCAAACGAAAAAAAUGAUUUUUGUCCACUUGGAUUUCUUUUUAAAGGAACUCCUGGGCCUUGGACAUGUAAACAGAAUACUGGCUAAGUGUUGAUACACAUGUUGAAUUUAUGGCCCAAUAAUUAGAAUUUGCUUAAUUAUCUUGUACUUUUUGGUUCGCGAAUAUUUUUUUGUCGUCAUUGAAAUUCUCAGAUUAAGCAGUAAAGGAAGGCCCCUGUAAAUUCUUUUUUGUUCGCUGGGGUUCCGUUAAUGAGAUAUUUCAAAGUUAGGCAAAAUAUUAUGAGAAAUGUUACCGAUCAAUAUAUAUAUAUAUGGAAAAAAUGUUUGACAUUUUAAAUGACAUAACAUUCUGUCCUUUUAAGAGCGAGACAGAGACAGACAAAAAAAUUUAUUUAAAUUUUAAAUUAAAAAAAAUCACUCACUUUCUCUCUCAUGGUUUUUAUUUUUCUGUG